AUGAGAAAAGCCAUCAGAAGGAAGCUACUGUGGGAAAAAGAAUUCAUAACUUUAUAUGUGGAGAUAGAUACAUUAAGCAUCUUAAACAUUCAACCACUAUCAUGUGCCAAUUCUGACGAUAAUAUGGUAAUAUGCCCAGUAGAUUUCAUCCAGUCCAAUGCCUGCAUAGCUAUACCGACAAUUAACAAAAACCGGAAUGAAUACAUGUCAGGAACGUUGAACACGACAGAACGACUAAUUAAAUAUUAG